AUGGCUACAGCUUCCGCUUCCGCGUUUCGCUUACCACCUUCUUCGUUUCAACUCAGAAGCCAUAAAAACCACCAUCCAGCCCCCAAAUCAUUCAACCUCCGUUCCCCUCGCCCUCACAAAACCCUAUGCGUUUCCAUCUCUAACCCCAAUGUCCGAACAAACCCUAACGAUCUCGUAGCUUCCCUUCUUUCAAAGGUGGUGCAAACAGAUGGAGGGGUUUUACUGCAAAAGGAAGAACAUAAAGAGGUGGAUGAAGUUGUUCAAGAAUUGCAGAAGUAUUGUGUGAAAGAGCCAGUGAAAUGUCCUUUAAUAUUUGGAGAUUGGGAUGUGGUGUACUGUUCGCAGCCAACAUCGCCUGGAGGUGGGUAUAGGAGUGCAAUAGGUAGAGUUUUCUUCAAAACAAAGGAAAUGAUUCAGGCUGUUGAAGCUCCUGAUAUUGUGAGAAACAAGAUCUCAUUUACUGCUCUAGGAUUUUUAGAUGGAGAAGUUUCUCUAAAAGGAAAACUCAAGGCUUUGGAUAGUGAAUGGAUUCAAGUUAUAUUUGAAGCACCUGAAUUGAAGUUAGGAUCAUGGAAAGCACAAUAUGGAGGUCAGAGUGAAGUUAAACUCCGAAUUACUUAUGUAGAUGAAAAAAUCAGGUUAGGAUUGGGAUCAAGAGGUUCCCUGUUUGUUUUUAAAAGAAUAUGA